AAACGAUAAAAUGUUACUCGAUUUAGUUCCUUGCUGACUGUUUCGAAGCUGCAACGUGAAAAUGUCUGGAUUGGGGCGGCAACUUGGAGCAGUAUUAAGCGGUAUACUGCUGGUCUUUUGUGGAGGAAUUCAUAUCGGAUGGAGUAUUUUCCAUUUGUAUAUGGAAGGAAAUAAAUGGGCAGUAGGAAUCACUAUUGAUGAGUACCGUUUCGCGAUAUUAUCGUUUUUCACUGGAGUUGGAUUUAUACUCGUCAUACUGACCUUCUCAAAAGAAUGGCUUUCGACGCGAAUAUGGUUGAUGAUGUCUUCAUUUUUCUUCCUGAUUAAUGGAAUAUUCUUCAUAGCUAUGCCAGUUGACUAUCCAGCUACCGUUGCAACACGCAUUAUUGCAGGUUUUGGCCAUGGAAUUGCACAUCUCGUUAUGUCAAUAUACAUCGGAGAAAUGGCUUCGAAACAUUUGAGAGGAAAAUUAAUCACAUUUCUCACAGCAUCUAUAGUAGCAGGCAUAGCAGUAUUUACUGUUAUAUCCAUGGUUACAACAAAUAUGGUGUACAUAAUUGAACCUGAGAUGCAUCCAAACAGAGCAUUAGGGAUCAUUAUAUUACCAAUAAGCUUAGCAGCAUUUAUAUUGGCCUUUUUCCUCACAAUUGAAUCACCUAUUUACACGCUGUUAAUUACCAAGGACGAAACAACUGCACAAAAGGAUCUGUUGAAGUUAAGAGGUCAAGCGUUGGAAACAACUGAUACUACUCAAGAAUUUAAUGACAUGAAAUUACUGGUAGCAGAAAGUAAUAUGCUUUCAAAAAUAUUCGUUACUGAAGGCAACUUCAAACCGUUCCAGUUGGUAUUAACAUUGAAACUUGCCAACUUAUUGUUUUUCGGCUAUUCGAUGAAUAUGGCGAAAAUGGUUUUCAUGUCGCAAAUGUUCACUUUAACCAUCACGAGUCACAAUUGGGCACCUCCGAUUCAAAUGCUCAGCAAAAUGGUAGCUGCUUUGGUUGCAAUUUUCAUAAUCGACAUUCUACCUCGUCGAUUCCAGUAUGCCAUUUCGUCAACGGUUACUGGAGCGUUCCUUCUAGCGUUUGGUAUAGUGCUUGCAACUCACGAUAUUCUCGAACCGUGGAUUGCUCCUUUUCUAUACAUUACCGCCGAAGUUUUCAACGCGUUUGGAAUGCUUCCGGUUUCUGAAAUAUUGCUUUCUGAAGCCUUCCCCCCGAAAAAGAAGGUUCUUUCGGUAGCUUCGGUUCUUAUUUGUGAAUAUGUGGGACAUAUGGUGGUUUACAUCAUAUAUUUCAACGUACCAAGCAAUCUUCAGAGUACAUACAUAAAAACGAUUGUUUUUGGAAGUGUCAUAUUACUGAAGUGCUUAAUCGGUGUUUUAGUCAUACCUGAUACACGGAACAGCACGCCUCGCGAAGCAGUUCAAUUACUAUCAAAACAUUGAAUGAUUUAUAAC